UCUAGAGUGACUAAAGGAAACUUGUUGCUUAACAACAGCUAUUUACAACGAGGGAACAUGUUCCCGUACAUACCUAUCCUCCACUCUAUUCCGUAGAUGAAGGCGGAUCUUUUUGCCAGUUGUUUAUGAGACCUCUAUACAGAUUGGAGUUACAAAAUACGGAUCCCCGCAGAUGGUUCGCGUUUGGUCAGAUCUUCCCGCGCUAGUCCCAGUAGUAAACCGGGGGACGACGGCCUGCAUUUUAACUCAAUUGCUACAACUUUGUCCGUCAGCGUGCAACAAACAACCAUGCAAGUUUUGUUGAUGCUGAACUUUUUCAGCUCUGGCUAAAAUCCCCACGAGCCACGAAAACAACAAAUCCAUUCCUCUCUUUCCCGGUGGGGAGACCAAAUGUGGCAUCCCUCCUCCUCUGAGAGCGAUAUAUCUCCCCGGUCCCCACGCAUUCGUUAUAGCUCACUAUGCACAUGGCAGAGAUCCCACGACCACUCACCAUAGCUCUUUCUGGAGGAGUAGUUACUGUGAUUCACCCUAUCACAUCCAGAUCAUAAUAUUGCCCACACAUCUUAAACAAACGGGGGGGCGGAAGCUGGAGGGUUAUUUCCAUAUCCCGAAACGGAGAACACGCGAAAGGAAAAAAUGCAAAGGAGUACGGAGCGGCUGAUGGACGGAGGAGGUGAUGGAGGAGAGCUGUUGCAACAGCACCAGCAGCCGCAUCACCACCAUGAUGGGACUCCUGUUGAGAACAUGCAGGUCGAUGAUGAAGCUUCGGGAAGCGUCACGUCAUCUGUGUCUGCUCCUGCGCCUGCACGGCCUAGGUCCAGAUCCACAUCCCGGUCACUGACUUCAGAGCGGAAACGGAGCGGUGCGAAGAAGUUGCCCCUGGGGAUCGCCAGGCGGACAUUGGGAAUUAUAUUGCUUCUGAUUGUGGUUGUGCUGUGGACGACGUCGAACUUUUUGGCCAGUACUAUCUUUUCAGACGAUACCUACUCCAAGCCAUUCUUCGUUACAUACGUCAACACUACCUUCUUUAUCGUCCCCCUCCUCUCAAUUCUCGGCCAUAGACUCUUCCGCAUAUGGAGAGCCGGGAAACUAUCCAAAGACACUACAUUCCGCGCGCUUCUCGAGCAACUGGAUUCACACGGGGCCGCGCACGAAUAUCGCCCGUUUCUAGCAGCGGAUGAUGAUGUGAGUGCGCCCGGGGAUUCUGUGCCGGGGGAGAGAUACCAGCGGGUGCUGCAGGCGGAUGAUGGCGCGCUGGGUGACGACGACGAUGAUAAGAUGGAUGCUCCUCCGGAGAGAUUGGGUUUUAAGGCUACGGCCAAGUUGAGCUUGGAGUUCUGUUUGGUGUGGUUUAUGGCAAAUUACUUCGCCGCAGCGUGUCUUCAAUUCACAACCGUCGGAAGUACGACCAUAUUAACAUCCACAAGUGGUGUAUGGACCCUGAUAUUCGGCGCUGUCCUGGGCGUGGAGAAAUUCACCAUCCGCAAAGCCUUCGGCGUCUUCGCCUCUCUAACCGGAAUCGUCCUAAUCUCCCGCGUCGACCUAUCCGGCGCCAACAACGAUGAAAACCGCGGCUCGUUCCCGCACAAAUCGGCCACUGAAAUCGCCAUUGGCGACGCCAUGGCCGCUUUCAGCGCCAUCUUAUACGGCGUGUAUACGAUCGUGAUGAAGAAGCAGGUUGGAGAUGAGAGUAGAGUUAACAUGGCGCUGUUCUUCGGGCUGGUGGGGUUCAUCAAUACUGUCCUACUAUGGCCGUGUAUGAUCAUAUUUCACGUGGCGGGCUGGGAGACGUUUGAGUUGCCGCAUACGGGACGGAUUUGGUUGAUUGUGAUUGUUAAUUCCCUAACCUCGCUUGUCUCCGACAUCCUCUGGGCAUAUGCCAUGCUCCUCACAACACCGCUGGUGGUCACCGUCGGCCUCAGCCUGACCAUUCCACUUUCGCUUGUUGCGCAGAUUUUCAUCCAAGGACAAUACUCUAGCGCGCUGUACUGGCUUGGUGCGGCGAUUGUGUUCUGUUCUUUCCUGGUGGUUAAUCAUGAGGGGAAGGAGGAAUCGUGACUUCCUUUAUUUUGUAUUUUUCCCUUUCCCUUGAUGGUCAUCGGUCCCUUUCUUGCGUUUAGAAGAAAGAUUUUCUCACGUACAUAUAUAUAUAUAUUUUUCUUUUUCAAUUUCUGUAGAUGAUUAGAGAAGUUCGGGAUAAAAAAUUCGGGCGGUUAACUUUAUACCAUACUUCAAAAGUGUUUUUGAUGGCUCUUCUCUUCUGCCUUUUUUUAUCAUUUUCGAUUUUUAUUUUUAUUUUUAUUUUUUAUUUUUAUUUUUAUUUUUUUCGUUCACAUUAUUCCCCAAUACUCAAUCCUUGCCAAGACAGUUAUCAUGCCCUGCGAGGGAACACAGAUGGUUUUUGAUUUUUUGAUUUUUGUGUCUUAAUGGCUGAAAAUUCGGUCCCUAUAUGGUCUAUGGUUGUUGACUCGAGGUAAAGCCUGCUUUCAUGAUAGAUGCCUAAUGCCUAUCCUUGCUUGAGUUCGUGUGCUUUUUCUAUUUAUGUCGCCCGUAAGCGUAAUAAUACAUACAUGUAUAGGGUCGAUGCUCAAGCACAAACAAACCCAUAGCCUCAAAAUUGAGAGAGGCUAUUCCACUAUGCCACACAGAUAUUCUCAUUAUGAGAAAUGAAAAGGAGAAAACGCAGCGAGAGCAACUGGAAAGGGCUGAUGAAAGCGCGCAC